AGAGGAGAUUUCUCUUUGCCAAUGUCAGUGGUCACCGGUACAUGUAAUGCGACCGGGUUUGCACAACUAUAGCGUGUUAUUUUAGAAUUUAUUUAUAUUGAUAUAACAUCUCAAAACAAACAAUAUAAUCGUUGUAAGACACUGAAGUAUACGCUGCUGUAGCUAAAUACGUAGCUAUAUUUGGCGCAAUCAUGAGGACGAUAUUGGUGCUGGCAUCAUUGGUUGCGCUGGUAUGUGCAGAAUCUACAGUGUAUUUCAGGGAGCAGUUCGAAGACGGGGAUGCGUGGGAGACCAGGUGGCUGGAAUCAAAGCACAAGUCGGACUAUGGAAAGUUUGUUCUGUCAGCGGGGAAAUUUUACGGAGAUGCGGAAAAAGACAAAGGUCUUCAGACCAGCCAGGACGCCCGUUUUUACUCUUCCUCGGCGCGGUUUGAGGCCUUCAGUAACGCGGGAAAGCCGCUGGUGGUGCAGUUCACCGUGAAGCACGAGCAGACCAUCGACUGCGGCGGUGGCUACGUCAAGCUCUUCCCCUCCGACCUCAACCAGGAGGACAUGCACGGGGAUUCGCACUACAACAUCAUGUUCGGUCCUGAUAUCUGUGGCCCCGGAACCAAGAAGGUGCACGUGAUCCUGAGUUACGCGGGGAAGAACCACCUGAUCAACAAAGAUAUUCGAUGCAAGGAUGACGAGUACAGUCACCUGUACACGCUGAUCAUCAACCCUGACAACACCUACGAGGUGAAGAUCGACAACAAGAAGGUGGAGUCGGGGAGUCUGGAGGAGGACUGGGACAUCCUGCCCCCCAAAAAGAUCAAGGACCCCGACGCCAAGAAGCCUGAGGACUGGGACGAGCGGGAGAAGGUGGACGACCCCGAUGACAAGAAGCCAGAGGACUGGGACAAACCAGAGCACAUCCCUGACCCUGACGCCAAGAAGCCGGAGGACUGGGACGAUGAGAUGGAUGGAGAGUGGGAGCCCCCGGUGAUCACAAACCCAGAAUACAAGGGCGAAUGGAAGCCCAGGCAGAUCGACAACCCCAACUUCAAGGGGAAGUGGGUUCACCCCGAAAUCGACAACCCCGAGUACAAGGCAGACUCAGAGAUAUACAAGUACGACGACAUCGGAGUCAUCGGCCUGGACCUGUGGCAGGUGAAGUCUGGCACCAUCUUUGACAACUUCCUGAUAACCAACGACCCAAAGCUUGCUGAGGAGGUGGGGAACGAGACCUGGGGCCUAACCAAGGACCCAGAGAAGAAAAUGAAGGAAAGUCAGGAGGAAGAGGAGAGGAAGAAACGCGAGGAGGAAGAUAAGGCCAUGAAGGAAGAGACGAAGGACGAGGAGGAGGAAGACGAAGACGAGGAUGAGGAAGAGAAGGAGGAAGAGGACGAAGAGGAGGAGGAGGAAGAGGAAGAAACGGACUCUAACCUGAAGGACGAGCUUUAAACGCAGACGGGGGAAAGAGGCACCCUGUUUGUCCGUGGGCUAUUGGGGGGGUGAGGGGGAG